AUCAACGUCUAUCUGGGAUCUGGUGUUGAGUCGUAGCAUCGAUCGUGGAUGUGUACACGUGUGCGCACCAUGACACGUGCCUCCGCCCGGAACAGACAGCUGCCACCGUGGCUUGGCAUCUCUCCUUCAGUGCUUCCACCGCUCAGCGCCAGUACAAAAUCAACCAGCACCCAUGCAGUCAGUCACCGUUCUGCCCCACGUUAUCCAGAGCACCGAUCGUCCUUCAGAGCAUCGAUCCGAGCACCGUAGUGAACCCGCACGAGAAGAUGCACGCCAGGGACGUGGGGAAAGUGGCCCGAGGGGAGCAGGCGCCGAGGCCGCCGCACGAGCCCGGCAGCGUAGCCGACUCGCCGCCGCCGCCUACGUCGAGCUGCGCACUGCGCCCUGCGACUUCCGGUUCCCGACCCAGAACCAGACGCGCCACUGCUGCGUGCGCUACCUCGAGUACCACCGGUGCAUGAAGGCCAAGGAGGGUGACACGUCGGAGUGCGGCAAGUUCCAGCGCUACUACAGAUCUCUCUGCCCCACGGAUUGGGUUGUGGAGUGGAACGGGAAUCUAAUCUGCUGUAUCAUCUUAGGGAGCGAGUGACGACAUGUCAUUUCGAUGUACCAGUAGUUACAUAAGCACAGAGACAGCGGUCUGAAUCUAUGUUGUUGGCCCCUCUCCUUAAAAUGCUUCCAGCUGGUAGUGUUUGCCAUCUCAA